UAUUUCAACCGGUGGCUGAAGACGCUGCAGGAAUUGCUCUCUUUUUGAAUUAAUCACGUGCUUAAAAGUGAAGGCGGCAGCGGCCAGAGCGCCCUUCCCCCUCGGGCCGAAAUCGGGCCUCACCUGUUGCAGGUGUCCCCCAGUAGUCGCGCGGCUUGGCCACGCCGCUCUGCGCGCCCCUCGGAGCCGGGGGACGGUGACUCUGACGCUGGCGUGGGGAGGUUAGACGCCCGGGCGGGGGGGGAUCCCGAGCCCCCUAGCACCGCGCCUGGCCGAGGGCACCUCGCGGGGAGAGGCCGCGCCUCCUCCCGGAACUGGCCGGCGCGGCGGGGCGGGCGCUGGGGCAGCGGGGCCGCCGCGCGCGCGCCGGGCCAUGGAGGUCCUUCCCGCAGGAGGAGGCCGGGUCCUGCGCUCAAAGCCCGAGGCGAGGCCGGAGGACGUCGCGGAGGAAGCGGCUCCUGAAGUGCCCCGGGCUCCAUGCCUGCGGGGGGUGCCCCCGGGCUCCUGGGAUUCCUGGGAGGGCGAGGAGGACCCGCAGCCCGCUGAGCCGCUCGGCGGUCGCACCAGCCGCACGGCGUCCUUGGUGAGCGGGCUGCUCACCGAGCUCUACAGCUGCGCUGAGGAAGAGGAGGGGGCCGGCGGGGGCCGAGGGCCCGCGGCCCGCGGCGACAGCCUCGAUAGCUCCACCGAGGCCUCCGGCUCCGACGCGGUUCUGGGCGGGCGCGGCGGGGCGGGCGGCUCCAGCGUGCUGCAAGAGCUGCAGGAGCGGCCGAACCAGCGGCACCAGAGGCAGUACCUGCAGCAGAAAGGCACUAAUGAACUGAAGAUGAUCCUUCGAGAGCUUAAGAACAGAAUUGGUAUUCAGUCGGCGAAGUUACUCCGGCAGCUGAAGCAGAAGGAUAGGCUCGUGCAUAAAGUCCAGAGGAACUGCGAUGUGGUGACCGCGUGCUUGCAGGCCGUGUCGCAGAAGAGAAGAGUUGACACAAAGUUGAAGUUCACUCUUGAGCCAUCUUUAGGUCAAAAUGGUUUUCAGCAGUGGUACGAUGCUCUCAAGGCGGUUGCCAGACUAUCAACAGGAAUCCCAAAGGAAUGGAGGAGGAAGGUUUGGUUGACCUUGGCAGAUCAUUAUUUGCACAGUAUAGCCAUUGAUUGGGACAAAACGAUGCGCUUCACUUUCAAUGAAAGGAGUAAUCCCGAUGAUGACUCAAUGGGAAUUCAGAUAGUCAAGGACCUUCACCGCACAGGGUGCAGCUCUUACUGUGGCCAGGAGGCGGAGCAGGACAGGGUUGUGCUGAAGCGGGUCCUGUUGGCCUAUGCGCGAUGGAACAAGAACGUUGGGUACUGCCAAGGCUUUAACAUCCUGGCUGCGCUGAUUCUGGAAGUGGUGGAGGGCAACGAAGGGGAUGCUCUGAAAAUUAUGAUUUACCUUAUUGAUAAGGUACUCCCUGAAAGCUAUUUUGUCAAUAAUCUCUGGGCAUUGUCUGUGGAUAUGGCGGUCUUCAGAGACCUCUUGAGACUGAAGCUCCCUGAAUUAUCUCAGCACCUGGAUACUCUUCAGAGAACUGCAAACAAGGAGAGUGGAGGUGGAUAUGAGCCCCCACUUACGAAUGUCUUCACGAUGCAGUGGUUUCUGACCCUCUUUGCUACGUGCCUCCCUAACCACACUGUUUUAAAGAUCUGGGACUCCAUCUUUUUUGAAGGCUCAGAAAUCAUCCUAAGAGUGUCGCUGGCUAUCUGGGCAAAAUUGGGAGAGCAGAUAGAAUGUUGUGAAACAGCAGAUGAAUUCUACAGCACCAUGGGGCGCCUUACCCAGGAGAUGCUAGAGAAUGAUCUUCUGGAAAGCCAUGAACUCAUGCAGACUGUUUAUUCGAUGGCUCCAUUCCCUUUCCCACAGUUGGCAGAGUUGAGGGAAAAAUAUACCUACAACAUUACACCGUUCCCAGCUACAGUUAAACCCACCUCCAUUUCUGGACGACAUGGGAAGGUCAGAGACAGUGAUGAAGAGAAUGACCCAGAUGAUGAAGACGCUAUUGCUAAUGCCGUGGGGUGUCUUGGACCUUUCAGUGGGCUCCUGGCACCUGAACUGCAGAAGUACCAAAAGCAAGUUAAAGAACCAAAUGAAGAGCAGAGUCUGAGAUCUAAUAACAUUGCGGAGCUGAGCCCAGGAGCAAUUAAUUCCUGUCGAAGCGAAUACCAUGCAGCCUUUAACAGUAUGAUGAUGGAGCGCAUGACCACAGACAUCAGCGCGCUGAAGCGGCAGUAUUCUCGGAUUAAAAAGAAGCAGCAGCAGCAGGUGCAUCAGGUGUACAUCAGAGCAGACAAAGGACCAGUGACCAGCAUUCUCCCGUCUCAGGUAAACAACUCUCCAGUUAUAAACCACCUUCUUUUAGGAAAGAAGAUGAAAAUGUCAAACAGAGCCUCCAGGAAUGCUGUCAUUCACAUCCCUGGUCACUCAGGAGGCAAACUGUCUCCUAUCCCCUACGAAGACCUUAGGUCGAAGCUGAACUCUCCAUGGCGAACUCACAUCCGAGUCCACAAGAAGAACAUGACAAGGACCAAGAAUCAGCCAGGCUGCGGGGACACCGUUGGGCUGAUAGAAGAACAGAAUGAGGGCUGCAAGGCUAACCGCCUGGGGGCAGCAGAGGCGUUUUCUUCCAGUUGUGCAGCGACCACAGGAAGAGGAGGUGGCGGUGCGGAAGGCAGCACAGCAAGGACUGUCGAAGGGCAGUCUCCGGAGCCGGUGUUUGGAGACAAUGAUGUGUCUGCGGUCCAGGUGAAAUUAGGAGCCUUGGAACUGAACCCAGGGGCUGCUGCUGCCUCCGCCGCUGCCGCCGUGGAGCCCCAGGGACACCCACCUUGCCUGCAGCACUUCCCAGAGCAGCCUGAUAUCCCUGGAGAAAACAAAGCCACCAGCAGAGCUCCCCAAGGCAGCCAACCGAAGACUCCCAUCUUCAACCCCUUCCCCAGCGUCAAGCCGCUGCGAAAGUCAGCCACUGCCAGGAGUUUGGGGUUGUAUGGUCCCACAGAACGAACCCCAACUCUGCACUUCCCUCACAUGAGCCGGAGCUUCAGCAAACCCGGUGGCGGAAACAGCAGCACUAAGAAACGAUGAUUCCCAGAAAUGCUUUAUUGAGAUUCAGCUUUUCCCGGUGGUACGAGGGUUUCAGGUACAUGGCUGCAGAAGGAUUUCAGUUGUCCAGUGAAAACGAAUAGUUAGCUUCAGAGAUGAGCCGCAUUCAUACAAACGGGAAUUGGAAGUUUUAUCAUGGGAGUAGAGUAGGGAUAUUUUCCUAUCCACUGGUAACUGAUACGGUGGAUUCUUGUGGCAAAAUAAAUAUUGUGGUUUUAAAAUGUGAA